CAUAUGUAUAUGUACUCUGAGCAAUGUAGCAAUAUGGCCGCACGGAGCUUACCAGCCAAGCUCUUGUUUUACAGACCUUGGGGUGUUUCGAUGCUAGGACCUGUUACUAUACCUAGUCUGUGUUAAAAUUAUUGUAGGUUCUGUUCCAUGCUAAAGCACAAAAGUGGUGGUUGGUGGUUCUGGGUUCUGGCUCUGAAACCUUGGGCGUGAGCGCUCAGAGCAGAAAGCACGAGUUCUCAUUUCCUCUCUGUGUUACAUACAUACAUCUUCUGCCUGUGAAGUAAUUUUAAUAUUCAAGUUAAAAUUAUAAAAUAUAUUGUAUUAAUUGUUAAAAGUACGGUGGGAAGUAAAGAAUGAGUUUUAUGGAGGAGCAAAGGUCGCAAGGUGCGGUCGAUGAGCGAUUUCAGGCCUUCAUAGAGACUGAAGCUAAGAAACAACAGUUUCAGGGUUUGGUAUAUAACUUAACUGACAUCUGUUGGGAUAUUUGUGUUGAUACACCUAGUACUCGUUUGGGUGCGAAGAUAGAAAAGUGUCUUGUUAAUUGCAUAGAAAGAUUUAUUGAUACAACAAAUUUUGUUACAAAUAGAUUAGAACGUGUAGUGUUAAAUAAUUCUGCAGAAGUGAAUGUAUAAUAAAUUAGUUCAUAAUCA